AUGAACCCGAGUUACCUCGCUGCUAUAAGAACCGGAGUGUCCGAUUCACGCAUUCUGUUCCGUUUCGUUAAUCCGAAUCGCUAUUACCGCCGCACUAUGGCUAAUAAAUCGGGCUGUUAUGAUGACGAUAGGAUUUUCCCCAACACGUUCAAAGACGAGGAUCCCAGCCAUCGCCCGCCGUAUUCGCAGCAGCCGCUGGAAGAAUUUGGGGAAAUCAAACAUCGCGCCCACUGCCAGUGUGGCAAGGUAUCCUACGCGCUGAGACGGGAGCGGCCAGUAGGUGCCAAAUUUUGUCAUUGUCGGCAUUGCCAAGUUAUGCAUGGCGCGCCCUUCCAGUGGGCAGCCAUCUUUCCGAAGGAAGACAUGCGAUUCGAUAAUGGAGUUAGCGGUCUAUCAUUCUAUGCGGCCAAAGAGAAAAAUAUCAAAUACCAAACGCCUACAAAGGUGGCAUGCUCGGUCUGUCGGACUCCGAUCAUGGAUGAAGGACGCAAUAUGUGUCUGUUAUUCCCACAGUUGAUCGACUUCUCUGAUUCACCGGAUGAGCAACGGGAGCGAAUCUCGACGUUUCUGCCAACGUGCCAUAUCUUCUAUGAAUAUCGGUUGAGAGAUAUACAUGACGGGAUAACGAAGUGGAAGGGAUUGAACGAGGAUAGCCAGCGUUUGGACGAUAGUGGCAAAGUCGUCGACGAAUAG